AAUGAGUAAUGAGUGUGGGCACGCUUUUAAAUUUUCAACCUUUUUUUUUUCUUUUUCCCGAUGACUUUUAGGAGGAAAAGAUCCAUCUCAUUACCAAAUUGGUGCCUGUAAAUAUAAAGAAAUUCUUCUCUCAAUGACCAUAGGUUUUCUUCUCUCUCCUUUCUCCCGAAGCCCAGAACAAUGAAAACCCUUAAAAGAAAUUCUCCUCCUCCUCGUCACCCAGCAGAAAAUGCCUCUUCCUGAAAAUUCCCCUACUGCUCUUCCAAAACUCAGAAGAAGACUCCCAAAACCAGACCCCAAAAUCAACAAAAGACCCCCCCUUUUUUAUCUGAUUUUUUCCUAUAUAUAUAUCCAAAUAAUAAAAUAAAAUAAAGAUGAAAUAAAUAAAAAAAACUUGCUCCGUCAAUCACUGAUGAUGCCGAUUUUGUCUGGCAUGUGUUGUUUUUUCUAUAGGUGAGGUAGGGGCAGGGCUGUAGCAAGCAGGAGUGUAGAGGCGCAGGAUUAGGGCACAAAGUGCAGGAGGCGCAGCAGCAAGGGCGCAGGCGGUAAGGGCAGGGCUCCGUGCAGCAGAGGGGCGUAGGGGGGUAUGAUGGCUCGGGCGUGUAAGGGCAUGAUUGUCGGUGAUGGCUGGUGCAGAGUGCAGGCGAUCUGGUGCAGAGCAAGGGGAUCUGGUGCAGAGCGCAGGAGCUGGUGCAGAGCAAGGCUGGUGCAAGAAGCAAGGCCGAGCGCAGGAGCUAGGGGCGCAGAGCAAGGGAUGCUGAGCAGGGGCCGCUGGUUCGUGCAGAGGAUCUGGGCUAGUUCGGGAGGAGAAGAGGAAGGUUCUGGAGAGAGAACCCGAUGGUUAACGGGGGAGAAAAAGGGGAUUUAAGCCUUUGCCCCUUUUUCUUUUUUUUCUUCUUUUUUUUUUUUUGUGAUUUUAGGGUAAGGGUGGGGUUGGGUUUUUUUUGGGUCAUUUGAGAUGGGUUUGAGAAAUGGGUUGAAAUUCAAGGCUUUCGUAUGAUUUUUGAAAUUUGGCUUUGCACUUCGAAUUCCUUCAAUUAAGUCCCUUUCUCGAGUUUCUUUUCCAUUUCUUCUUGAAUUUCUUUUUGCACAUAGCACUUGAAAGAAAAUAAAGAUAUAUUAGUCAA